GCCGCGUCUGUCACCAGUGAUUUCUUCAUGCUAAAUCGCAUAAACCUUCCAGGCCUGUCAUAAUACAAAAUUUCUGUACAUGAUGACAAAUUGAUCAAUCCGGCCUUAAUUAAGCGCCGGUUAUACCUGCCGGCAUGGACUGUUAACGUAUUGUAAACUUUCGCAACAUGAAAAAAUACUGGAUCCAUUAUUUGAGCGCCAAGAAAAAUCGUUGCGCUAACCAGAAAAGUUUAUCUUUUGGAGACUCUAGAAAAUAUACUUUUACGAGAAUUACCUAAUAUCAAUAACAAUCAAUGAUGGCGAGCCGAAAACCACGAAUUCAACCUGGCCUGACAAAGACGCAGGCACUACGACAGGCGAGAAGUGCCACUGUAGUAAAAGAAUAUGAACAGAAGGAAACAGGGCGACAACCACAACCAGUUUUAAUAGACCCUAGCAAAAGGCGACAAUAUAUUUCAGCCGAGCCGAGGAGAGUCGAAUUUGCCAGACCAACUAUGACAAAGGCGAUGAUGGCCCGAGUAAAGCAUGCGGAGAAGUUCAAGCAGGAAUAUGAACAUAAACGAGAGCAAUCUAUACCGCGAAGGAGGCCAAGAAGGACACUUCCACCGAUCGGUGGUGAUCCUAGGUGA